AUGGCCAAUGUUCUCUGGACAGAGAAUAGUGACAAAGAAAAUGCUAACAACGAUGAAUAUGGAGUCGAUCUUCCUCCACGAUAUAGCAUAUUGCAAGCCAAUAUAGGAGAAAACUCGAGCCCGAAGAAUAAAGUUUGGAAUGGUAUGAUAGCUUUGCCAACAAUAUAUAAUGAUGACUCUUCGUCAGUUGAGACAGUCCUUGAUCCUCAAGGAUUACAACGUGGUCAUGAUGCUCAACGAGACGAUAAACAAAAUCCAGAUAAGCAAGAGAAUGUCUCAACGGAUGGCUCCCUUUCUCCUCUUUUGGGCUAUUCGAUCGAGCUAUCACAUCAUUUGACUACUUGCAAUCGAGACCAAAGCGAUUCCGGUUAUAGUGACUUUGAGGAGCUUGAGAAUGGAUCUUUGUUAUACUUCCUCCCCCAGCAACAAGGAGAUAUGACCCAAGGAUGUAGAGAGCAGCAAAAUAUUUUCGAAACCGGCAUUGAGAGGGGUGAUAAUACAGAACCUAGAAAAUGGCGAAAGCUUAUUUCACUGCCUAUCAACCACACUUUGUUUCAACGUGAUAAUAUAUGUCAUCAUCUUUGA